AUGGCAACAGAGGACAUGGAGAUGAGGGAAGCCCGGGGGGCGGGAGAAAGCUGCCCGCCCUUUCCCAAGAUGGUGCCUGACGACCCCAUUUCUGAAGGGAAGUCCAGGGCUUCCUUGGAGGCAGAGACCCCGAAGCCAGACUCCUCCUACGACCAUCUAGAGGAGAUGGAGACUUGUGAGGACAGAGGUUGCCCAGGACCGCUGAAGUCGCUGUCCCCCAAGGCUGGCCCCACCACCAAGGGCCAGGCAGGCGAUGGACCCGAAGUCACCGAAAUUCCUGCAGCCCCCGAGACCCCAGGGAGCCUGGAGACCACUCGCAAUGCGGAGAUGGAGCUGGAGAAGGUGCGCAUGGAGUUCGAGCUCACGCGGCUGAAGUACGUACACGAGGAGAACGAGCGCCAGAGGCAGCAUGAGGAGGUGAUGGAGCAGCUGCAGCAGCAGGCAACUCCCCGCCUGCUCUCAGGAGGCCUCCAGGACCUCCUGCUCCCCCAGAACCAGUUUGCCAUGUUCCUGUACUGCUUCAUCUUUAUACACAUAAUCUAUGUCACCAAGGAGAUGAUCUUCUUUCUCUUCUCCAAGCACUACCUGUUCUGCAUUGCGGCCAUUUUGCUCUGUUUGAUUAAAACUUUGUGGUCCUACCCCAAGUGCCUUGUUCUCUCCAUCACUGGGAAUCUCUGCACUACUACAGAGUUCUUAGGACCUGAUCCAGUCAGCCCCAGCCACGUUCCUCUGGGCCAGCACCACCCCACCCCCUUCAGAUGCAUCCCUGUAUCAGAACUGCUCUCAGGGAAGAAAAGGCUCUGCUCUCAGCCCUUUACAUCCUUUUGUGAAGAAACAUAUUCAGACCUUACACUGGGCCUCACUCCUCAGUGGGGAUAA